AUGUCAAGAAAGCUUAAGAGAGUGAUAGGAAAUGGGGAGGACACAUACGUGUGGACAAAUCCAUGGAGUGAGAAUGUUCCUCUUAAAGAUAGGUAUCUGAGUCUGUUCUCGAUUUGUCAAGAUAAAAACAUAAGAGCAAAGGACUUGGCAAUAGGUGCAGGUCAAUGGAACUUCAAUUGGAAUAGGAAUUUGUUCCGAGAAGAGGCUGUGUUAACGGAGGAACUGAAGGAAAAAUUGCAAAGGAUUGUCAUUAAUUGUGAGAAAGAGGAUGGGGUGUGGGAUUCAGGGGUAUAUAGUGUUAAAGAGGCGUAUAGUGUAAUAACGGAGAAUUCGAUUGAUGUUGAAAGGCUGAAACUAGCAGAAAUUUGGAAUAAAUUUGUUCCUUUAAAAGUAGCAAUUCUGUUAAACGCAUAUACAUCAAAGCAAAACUACUUUGAAAGAAAGAUAAAAGAAACAAGAAUGGGACUACACAUGAAUGGGAGCGCUGAAGAAGUAAGCUAUGCAAAAAACUCCUCACUUCAGCGAAAGGCGAUUUCUUUGACAAAACCUUUGAGGGAUGAAGCCAUAACAAGUUUGUACAGCAACACACUGCCCAAAAGCUUGGCAAUUGCAGACUUAGGUUGCUCUUCUGGACCAAACACAUUGUUAGUGAUCUCAGAAUUUAUCAAGGUGGUGGAAAAUCUUUGUCGAGAACUUAAUAAAAAAUCUCCUGAAUAUAAAGUCUUUUUGAACGAUCUAUCGGAGAACGACUUCAACAGCAUAUUUAUGUCUCUUGAUACCUUUAAAGAAAAACUGCACCAUGAAAUGAAAAAUGAAAUAGGUCCUUGCUAUUUCUUUGGAGUUCCUGGUUCCUUUUAUGGCAGGACUUUUCCAGAUAAAAGUUUGCAUUUUGUUCAUUCCUCUAACAGUCUUCAUUGGCUUUCAAAGGUUCCAGAGGGUGUAGAGAGCAACAACAAGGGCAAUAUUUACCAUUCUAGCACAAGCCCUUCAAAUGUCCUCAAAGCUUACUACAAGCAAUUUCAAAGAGAUUUUUCUCUUUUUCUCCAGUGUCGUGCCCAAGAAUUAGUUGAAGGUGGUUGCAUGAUUCUAACAGUUCCAUCAAGUAAAGAGUCUGGGUACAUUUGGGAUCUCAUGACAAUAGUUCUUAAUGACAUGGUCUUGCAGGGAAGCAUUGACGAAGAGAAAUUCGAUACUUUCAACAUCCAAACAUAUUUUCCUACUCCAUCCGAACUAAAUAUGGAAGUUCUCGAGGAAGGAUCAUUCGCAAUCAAUAAAGUUGAGAUUUCUGAAGUGAAUUGGAAUGAUCUUGAUUGCGGGGAAGCUUUGGACAUUGAAUCUGAAAUGUCAAAAUCGAUCAAAGACGAUGGAUACUAU